AAUCUGUUCUUAGACAAACAUUCUGUGUCCACUAGGAGUAUUCAACUCUGACAACAAACCUUUGUCAAAUAAUACACCACCCACCUUAGUCCCCCCAAACACACACCAUGACACACCUCCUAAGAAAAAAAUCAGAGAAAUUCUCUCUCUAUUUACAGCAGCACAUUGUUUCUCCACAAUUAUGGCCGCUGUCCUCUUCCCCCACCUUCUAUCCUUAAUCUUUUUCCUCCUUUUUCUAUCACAUCCACCUCCUUGUUUUUCCAUUGGAGAUGAUGAGGCCCUGGUUGAAUUUAAAGAAUUGUUAACAAAUACCUCAGCUCUUGAUUCCUCAUGGAAAAAAGGAACAAAUCCUUGUGACAAUAACAAGAAAUGGGUUGGUGUUCAAUGUGAAAAAAAUGUUGUCCAAGGCCUAAUUCUUGGUGGAUUUGGGCUUUCAGGGGAUAUUGAUGUCGAUCCAUUGGUUAGGCUUCAAGGCCUUAGAGUUCUCAAUCUUGCAAACAACUCUUUCUCAGGGUUCAUUCCUGAAUUUUUUAUGCUUGGUGCCCUUAAGUCUCUAUUCAUUGAUGGGAAUCAGUUUACAGGGGAAAUCCCUGGAAAUUUCUUCUCCAAAAUGUCAUCUCUCAGGAAAGUCUGGCUUUCGCGAAACAAGUUUUCAGGGAAAAUUCCUGAUUCUUUAGCUAGUUUGAAAUAUCUUUUGGAACUUCGCCUGGACAAUAAUGAAUUAUCAGGGACAAUUCCAUCUUUGUCACAGGGGACUCUGAUAUCUAUCAAUCUGUCAAUUAAUAAAUUACAAGGCGAAAUCCCACAAGGUUUGUCAAGAUUUGGUUCAGACCCCUUUCAAGGAAAUCCAGAGCUAUGUGGACAACAAUUAGGGAGAGAAUGCAAGGCUGCAGCCUCAGGGGAAAAAUCUGAAGGUUCCAGCAUAAAAUGGAUAAUUAUUGGCUUAGUGGUUGUUUUGUUAUUGGUGGCUAUAUUUUUUAAGACAAAGCGCAAGGAAGAUCACUUCGAAAAGCUUGAAAAAGAGAAUCUUGAUGAAUCUGUGAGCGUGAAUAUUCCAAUCUCAAACAAGAGAAGCAUGAGCUUGCGCAACUCCAUGCGGUCAUCAAGGAGAGGACGCUCACGAAGUGGCAGCGAUAUGGGUGAUCUUGUGGUGGUAAAUGAAGAAAGAGGCAUAUUUGGAUUGCCUGAUUUGAUGAAGGCAUCAGCUGAAGUCCUCGGGAAUGGAGGAUUAGGAUCAGCUUAUAAGGCAGUACUGGGAAAUGGUUUGUCACUCGUCGUGAAGAGGUUGAGGGAGAUAAAUAAAUUGAAUAAGGAAACCUUUGAUACAGAGAUCAGAAAGCUUGCCAUGUUAAGGCACAGGAAUUUAUUGCAACCAUUGGCAUAUCAUUACAGGAAAGAGGAGAAGCUGGUGGUGUCUGAGUACAUUCCAAAAGGCAGCCUGUUGUAUUUGUUACAUGGUGAUCGCGGCAUAGCACAUGCUCAGUUAAAUUGGCCUACUCGCCUGAAAAUCAUCCAUGGAGUUGCCAAUGGAAUGAAAUUUCUUCAUUCUGAGUUUGCAUCAUAUGAUGUACCUCAUGGGAACCUUAAGUCUAGCAACAUUCUUCUUACUGCAAAUAAUGAACCACUUCUCACAGAUUAUGCUUUUUACCCACUAAUCAACAAUUCACAAGCUGUCCAAUCCCUUUUUGCUUAUAAAUCACCUGAAGCCAUACUAAACCAACAAAUCUCUCCAAAAAGUGAUGUCUAUUGUCUUGGAAUCAUAAUUCUUGAAAUCCUUACAGGGAAAUUCCCGUCACAGUAUCUCAGCAACCAAAAGUGUGGAACCGAUGUUGUGCAAUGGGUGCAGUCAGCCGUUGAAGAGAAGAGAGUAUCAGAACUGAUUGAUCCACAGAUAGCAACAGCAAAAGAUUCUCUUGAAAAGAUGGAGACGCUCCUUUAUAUAGGAGCUGUGUGCACUGAUAGCGACCAUGAUAAGAGAAUUGACAUGAAGGAAGCGAUAAGGAGGAUAGAAGAGAUAGAAAGUUAAUUUGAUGGAUUCAACUUUUGAAAAGUGAUUGGUUUGCCGGGAGGCUCAAUUUCUCCGGCUAACGAUCAAUUCAUGAGCUCUACAAAGAAUUAGUCGGCAAAGCGCUUGUUUAUAACUCUCCAUGACUACCAGUAGAGGCUUAUGAAGGGCAUCUUACAAAGGAAUCUCUGCAGAGCAUCAAAGAGGCCGAAAGGAUUUUUUGUAAAAGUAUUCAAUUAGAUAAAAAAACCAAGACAUAGGAGAGUGAAGGAGCUUAAUUUCAUUAUGUGGUUUAUAUGUUACAUGGAUGCUUCAUUUGUUUUGAAAUAUCUGUGUCAAACUGGUGUGACAUGGUUGCGGAUUCUUCAACAUGCACUACAUGUUAGUAAAGCUGAAAAUAACUCAAUGAAUUACACACACAUAUCGGAUACUAAUCAA